AUGAUUGGGAGCAUCGACUGUAUGCAUUGGCAAUGGAAGAAUUGUCCGACAGGUUGGGCUGGAGAAUAUAGUGGUAGGAAACAGAUCCCCACUAUCAUCCUGGAAGCAGUCGCAUCUUACGACACCUGGAUUUGGCACGCAUUCUUUGGAAUGCCUGGGGCAUGCAAUGACCUGAAUGUCUUGACAAAGUCUCCUUUGUUUGAUGAGCUUACCGCCGGUAGAGCACCUCUGAUCCAAUUCCAAGUUAACAACAGAGCUCACAGUUUAGGGUACUAUCUCGCCGACGGUAUUUAUCCUCGAUGGGCGACUUUCUUGAAAACUGUUCGAAAUCCUACACGCCCCAAGGAAAUCGAGUUUGCAAAGGCUCAAAAGGCGUAUAGGAAGGAUGUAGAAAGAUGUUUUGGUAUAUUACAGUCACGGUUUGGUAUUGUUAGAGGAGCUGCUUACAGCGAUGAUGAGUUGGAGUCCGAUGAUGAGGAGGAUAAUAAUAUGAGGCCCAGGAUUGCUGAGGUAUGGGAGGGACCAACCGGUAGAGACUUUGAUCCUGUUGGUAGAGAUGCUCAUCAUAUGAACGGAUUCAUGGACCGCUACCAACAAAUUAGAUCUGAGCACAGUCACUCCAACCUUCAGCAAGACCUCAUUCAACACUUUUGGGAAUUUCAAGGCAAUAGGAGUAUCUAG